CACCAUGUGAGUGUGCUAUGGCACCCACCCUAGCAACAAAGCAUGAUUCAUUUAAAUAUGUUGAGAACUCGGUUAUUUGAAAGUUGAAGACUCCAAACACACUACUUGAAAAAUGAGGUCCUAAUUUUCCCUACUAUUUAUAAGUAGCAGUUAAGGAUUUUGUCAGGAUAGAGCUUUGUAAAUGGCGGUUUCAAGCAGUAAUAGCUUGUGGGCAAUGGCUUCUCCCAAUUCUUCCUUCUUUUCAUCAAGAAAUCCAUUUAUUUCCAACUGCUCAUCACAUUCAUGUUCGAGUUUGCGUUCUUGUUUUUAUUUUAAACAGAAUUCUUUAAACUGUUCGAAUCAAAAUUCCCCUUCUUACUCUCCAAAUUCAGUUGCUGAUAAAGUGUUGACAGAUAUCCAAAAUUCUGGUAUAAUUGCUUGCCUUCGUGCACAAAGUGCAGAGAUAGCAAUUGAAGCUGCACGUGCAGCACUGCAUGGUGGUAUCUCAGUUCUAGAAGUUGUGAUGUCCAAUCCAGGUGUUCUCGAGGUCUUAAAGUGUUUGGUCCAAGAAUAUCCUUCAAAAUCAAUAGGAGUGGGCACUGUUUUAGAUGGCAGAGAUGCCAAAGAUGCAAUGAAGUCUGGAGCUAAGUUCCUGAUGAGUCCUGCAACGGUUAAGGAUAUUUUAGAUGAUGUUACAAGAGGUCAAGCCCUGUAUAUACCUGGAGUAAUGACCCCAACUGAGAUAUUGUUUGCAUUCAAUGCUGGUGCUAAACUUGUCAAGGUAUAUCCAGUCUCUGCAUUAGGUGGCGUUCAGUACAUAGCAGCUCUCAGAAAGCCUUUUCCCCAUAUCCCCAUGGUGGCGUCACAAGGCAUAACUAUAGAUUCAAUUGGGGAAUAUAUUUCUCAGGGAGCAUCAUCAGUUGUUUUAUCAGAUGCCAUAUUCAAUAAGAAGGCACUGGAUCAACUAAAUUUCGACACAAUAUACCAGCUUGCUCACCUUGCAGCUUUACGGGGCAAUGAAGCCAUACAAAGGAAGAAGCGAGGUUCUAGUGCUUAGAUGUGCUAUCGUGCUGUAAGUUGAUUGUUCUGAGACGCACUCUCAGAUGUAUCAUGUAUGCUAAUUCCAGCAGAUUUUACGCGAUUGCUGCCACUUCAGUACAAGAGGGAUGAGAAGACAUUGAGGCAGCAAGUUCUAAACCAGAAAGACAGCAAUUUCUUCUUGCUCAACCUGCAGGUCGAAAAUAUGAAUUUUCCCAGAAUAUGAAACAUUAUGUUCACAUUUUUGUUGACGUUUGUUUCUCAUUGACAUUUUUGUUGGUCCAAGUGCUCGACUAGUACGAUGAUGUCAAACAUUAAUUUUUACAUUUUUUUUUCUUGCUUCCAACUUUAUAACUAGGAGCGAUGUUUCACAACUA